AUGACAAACGACAAAAAGCUUAUCACCGUUUUCGGCGGUACUGGUAACCAGGGAAGUGCGGUUGUGCGCUCCCUUGUAUCACACAAGAACAGGGCCUUUCAAGUUCGCGUGAUUACACGCGAUCCUACUUCCCCCAAAGCGAAAGCGAUCAGCCAACUUGGAGUAGAGCUGGUCAAGGCCGACGGAUGGGAUCGAGGCCAGACCACGACUGCUUUUAAAGGAAGCUGGGGUGCAUUCAUCAAUACGAACUCGGACGGACCGACCGGGGAGGACACAUUGGAGGAACCAAACGCUUAUGAUCUCGAUGUGGCAAUUCUCGACGCGGCCGAAGCAGCCGGAGUGAAACAUGUGGUGUACAGCUCUGCGGCAAAUAUUCAUCGCGCAACUAAGGGUCGCAUUCACAUAUCCGGAUUUGAUUGUAAAUCAUUAGCUGAGGAAUACGCUUUGCGGGAGAAGAAAUUCACCACAUUCACACCAGUGCUUCCUGGGUCCUUUAUGGAAUGUUGGGGCGAGGAGUCUUUCUGUCGGGUCUGGGGAGGGUUCCCUUGGUACAGCGAGGACACGAAUCAAACAGUUGUCCUGGCAGUUCCUCCUUACGGGGGAGACGGCCGCAUGCCCUGGGUCAGUUUGAAUGAUGACUUUGGGGACAUCGUUCAUGGGAUCUUCUUGGAUCCUCAAGAGACCCAUGGAAAACACGUUCAAGCCAUCAGCCAGAUGAUUCAAUUUCAGGAUCUGGCGGCGGAAUAUUCCGAGGCGACUGGAGUGCCCGUUCAAUAUCGGCCGUUGAAGUCGUGGCGGAAUGUGCCGGAUGACGGAAGCCAUCUGGCGCACGAGUCCCGCAUCAUGUUCUUCUACAUGAAUUUCUGCGGUGGCCGAUGGUACGCUGAGCAUGAGAGCGACAUCACCGCGUCUCAGAAGUACAAAAAACGGGCGCUGGAAGCGCAGGGACGAUCAGACGGCGAGCUGGUUAACUUCAAAACGUGGUUUGCGCGUGAAGCUGAAAAUCGGCACUAA